AUGCCGCAACCGCGCAUGCCGCAGAUGCCUCAGAUGCCACAAUUUCCAUCUUUGCCGCAGUUUCCACCGCUGCCAAACUUCCCACAGAUACCGCAAUUUCCACAGAUGCCACAGAUGCCUCAAAUGCCUGAUGCUGCACAGCAAAUGCUUGAACGCGUGCGACAGUCCUUCGAUGCGUAUCUCAACCCGACGGGAGAUAUUCGAGCUGAGGAUGUGCCCUUCAUCGAUCUCAGCAACGACGACCGCGCCGAACGUCCCGCGACAGAUGGUACCACGGUUAAGGAACCGUCACUCCCACAGUACGUUCUAGAGCGGUUCACGCAGUCGCUCGUGCGCUUUAGGAACGAUCUGAACCCAGCUUUGUUCGAAGACAUCCCGACAUUGGAUCUUUCGCAAGAUCGUGAUCCCGAAGGAUUGCAGUUCUGGGGUGAAGAUGGUGGGCGGCUGAAUCGCUUCGUUGCGGGCGAUGAAGACGACGAGGACGACGAAGAUGAGGAGAGUAGCAGCGAUGAAAGCGAACACCAUGAAGAUGAAGAUGAUGACGAGGAUGAUCUAGAUGUUACCAAAAAGCGUGGUAAGGAAUUCGACCUGCCAGGUCAUGUGUAA